AUGACGUAUCCAGUGGUAAAUGGUGGUAUUCCGCAAAGGCUCGCUGUCGCUGAUUUUAACAACGAUGAUCACCAAGAUAUUGUUGUUAUGAUUGUUGGCGCAGACGGUGUAGUUACUGACACGUACAGUGUAGGUAUUUUAUUUGGAAAUAGUAAUGGAACGUUUGGAGUAAUGAUAAUAUUGCCAGUAGUACUUUCCGAUGUAAACUCGCCUUGCAGUAUUGCAGGUGAUUUAAAUGGCGAUGGUCACAUAGAUAUCGUUUUCACGAAGAGUAGUACCCCAUGUUCGAUGGCUAUAUUACUCGGAUAUGGGAACGGAACGUUUGCGGCCGAAACGAUACUCCCGAUUGGAAAUGAUGGGUGUGUGCUAUCCAUUGCUAUUGCAGAUUUCAACAACGAUGAUCAUCAAGACAUCGCUGUAAGCAUAGAUAUUGACUUCUAUGUAGCGAUUCUACUUGGGUCUGGUAAUGGAAGCUUUAAAACACCGAUGACAUUCUCCACAGGAAUUUAUAGUUUUUCAUAUUCAAUGGAUGUAAGUGAUUUCAACGGUGACGGUUAUCUAGAUAUAAUCGUCGCAAACCAAGGUAAUUACAAUAUUGGUGUGCUUCUCGGGAAGGCUGAUGGAAGUUUUCGAACACAAAUAACAACUAUGAUCGAACACACUAAUAUAAUAACCCAGAUUGCUGUCGGUGAUUUUAACGGUGACGGUAAAAUGGACGUCGCUGGAGUCUGUGGAGAAGAAAGCUCUACACUUCUUUCUUCUCCACUCACAUUUGUAACUGUAAUGGUUGGAUAUGGUAAUGGCAGUUUUGGACAACAAAUGAUAUUUCCAACCGGGCUUGCUUCUGCGGAUUAUGUUAUCGUCAAUGAUUUUAACGGCGACGGCCGAGUGGAUCUUGCUAUUAGCAGUAUUUUUGGAGGAAAUGUUGGUAUUCUAUUGAGCACAUGUACUUGUUGCGCAACUGAGGUCUCGAGUCAAUCAUAUUUAUCCGCCAAUGAUCCUCCUCGAUGA